GUGUGAGAGCUUUUGGUCCCAACUGUCUGUGCCUAUAGGGCUGUCAUCGGGAGAACAUUUGUGUUAAUUGCACUGCGCUCUGACAAGGAAACUUUGAUUUAUAGCUGGGUUGCACAAAUUAUGGUUGCCGAGCGCACAUGGAUUCGGUAGAACUUUGCCUUCCUGAAUCUUUUUCCCUGCACUACGAAGAAGAUUUUCAGACAUUAAAGAUCAAUUAUUGAAGGAGAAUAUAGGAAAAUAAUAUAAGAGCAUUUCGUUGGAUUCCUAAUUUUAAAACAAGAUGACUUCCAGAGAUUUGCCCAAUUUAUCUCAACAGUGGAUAAAGCUUCUCUGCAGAAUGUCAAGCAAAGAUCGACACAUUGAUUCCAGCUGUUCGUCAUACAUCAAGACGGAACCCUCAAGCCCCGCCUCCUUGACGGAUAGCAUCAACCACCAUAGUCCAGGUGGCUCAUCAGACGCCAGUGGGAGCUACAGUUCCACAAUGAAUGGGCACCAGAAUGGACUAGACUCCCCACCCCUGUACCCAGCUACUGGCUUGGGUGGCAAUGGGCCCGUCAGGAAAAGAUAUGAUGACUGCUCAAGUACCAUUGCUGAAGAUUCACAAACCAAGUGUGAAUAUAUGCUAAAUGCUAUGCCCAAAAGAUUGUGUCUGGUGUGUGGAGACAUAGCAUCAGGUUACCACUAUGGAGUGGCAUCGUGCGAGGCCUGUAAGGCUUUUUUCAAAAGGACAAUUCAAGGCAACAUAGAAUACAGCUGCCCUGCAACAAAUGAAUGUGAAAUCACAAAACGCAGACGCAAAUCCUGCCAGGCCUGCCGUUUCAUGAAGUGCUUAAAAGUCGGCAUGCUGAAAGAAGGGGUACGUCUUGACCGAGUGCGUGGUGGGCGACAGAAGUACAAGCGCAGGAUAGACGCAGAGAACAGUCCGUAUCUGAAUCCUCAGCUUGUGCAGCCAGCUAAAAAGCCAUAUAACAAGAUUGUCUCACAUUUGCUAGUGGCUGAACCAGAGAAGAUCUAUGCCAUGCCGGACCCCACAGUUCCUGACAGCGAUAUCAAAGCUCUCACAACCCUAUGUGAUCUGGCUGAUAGAGAAUUGGUGGUAAUCAUUGGAUGGGCCAAGCAUAUUCCAGGUUUCUCUACUUUGUCACUUGCAGACCAGAUGAGUCUCCUGCAGAGUGCUUGGAUGGAGAUCCUUAUCCUGGGCAUUGUAUACCGAUCGCUUUCCUUUGAAGAUGAGCUAGUCUAUGCUGAAGACUAUAUCAUGGAUGAAGAUCAGUCGAAGUUGGCCGGUCUUCUUGAGUUGAACAAUGCCAUCUUGCAACUUGUGAAGAAAUAUAAAAGCAUGAAACUUGAAAAGGAGGAAUUUGUAACCCUCAAAGCAAUAGCACUUGCUAAUUCAGACUCCAUGCACAUAGAAGAUGUAGAAGCCGUUCAGAAGCUUCAAGAUGUCUUACAUGAGGCUCUGCAGGAUUACGAAGCUGGCCAGCACAUUGAAGACCCUCGUCGUGCUGGAAAGUUAUUGAUGACUUUGCCCCUGCUGCGGCAAACGUCUAGCAAGGCAGUGCAACAUUUCUAUAACAUAAAACUGGAAGGAAAAGUCCCUAUGCACAAACUUUUUUUGGAAAUGCUUGAGGCCAAGGUCUGACUAAAAGCGUCUCGGGUAAUUCCAGUGGGCACGCAUUGAUAGAAUAAGGGAAAAAAAUAAUACCUAAAACCGCAGUAUAAUUAUCAUGAGAAAUACACCCUAGUACUGAAUUAAAAGCAAGUGACUGCUCUGAUAUAUAGCAGCAAGACUAAAGCAGCUUUCAACCCUUCGUUCUGCACCCUAACGAUGCUGAUUUUUUUUUUCUCUUCCUGUUAUUUUUAUUUUUUUUGCUGCUGAACUUAAUAAAAAAAAUAAUCUUUAAUUAA